CCGUAAUUCAACAACACUCCCCUCUGCGUGCACAGCGCGCAGACCCCGCCCAACUCCCACCUCCAACCCCAAAUGGCUGGUUCAGCCGGUAUGCUUCGCGCUGUCUCGCGCGGCACCAACACGGGACGACUCGGAAAGUCCGUCUGCUCCAGCUCGUCGCGUAAAGCUGGACGCAGACAACUCAGCUCGACCGCUCCACGACAGGCCGACAUCACGUUGACUGUUGAUGGAAAGGAAGUGACCGUUCCGCAAGGUUCCGCUUUGAUUCAAGCUUGCGAGGCCGCCGGUGCUAAUAUCCCAAGAUUUUGCUACCAUGACCGACUUGCUAUCGCAGGUAACUGCCGUAUGUGCUUGGUAGAAGUCGAGAGGUCGCCCAAACCCGUUGCAUCAUGCGCCAUGCCCGCCAUGCCUGGCUCAAAAGUCUGGACCAACACCCCCCUUGUCCAUGAAGCGCGUGAGGGCGUCAUGGAGUUCCUUCUCGCCAACCACCCCCUGGACUGCCCCAUUUGCGACCAGGGUGGUGAAUGCGAUCUCCAAGACCAGUCCAUGCGCUAUGGCUCCGACCGUACGCGUUUCCACGAAAUCACUGGCAAGCGUGCCGUCGAGAACAAGGACCUCGGCCCGCUCGUCAAGACCUCCAUGAACCGCUGCAUUCAAUGUACCCGCUGCGUUCGUUUCGCCAACGAGGUCGCCGGUGUCGAGGAGCUCGGUACGACGGGCCGCGGCAACGACCUCCAGAUCGGCAUGUACGUCGAGAAGACGAUGGACUCGGAAAUGUCCGGCAACAUUGUCGACCUCUGCCCCGUCGGUGCCCUCACGAGCAAACCAUACGCGUUCCAUGCCCGCCCAUGGGAGCUCAAAAACACGGAGUCUGUCGACGUUAUGGACGCCGUCGGCUCCAACAUCCGCGUCGACUCGCGCGGCGUCCAGGUUAUGCGCAUCCAGCCGCGGACGAACGACGAUGUCAACGAGGAGUGGAUAAGCGACAAGACGCGCUACGCGUACGACGGGCUCAAGUUCCAGCGGUUAACCACGCCGCUCCUCAAGCAGGGCGACCGCUUCGUCCCCGCGUCCUGGGAGGAGGCCCUGCAAGCCGUCGCCGACGGGCUCGCUGCCUCCGGCGCCAAGGGCGACGAGAUCCAGGCUGUCGCGGGCCAUCUCGCAGACACGGAGACGCUCGUGGCGAUGAAGGACUUUGUGAACCGGCUCGGGUCGGACAACCUCGCGCUCGACCAGGCCGGCGGGACAGCGCCGCCGGUGCACGGCGUCGACGUGCGCUCGAACUAUUUGUUCAACAGCACGAUUCCCGGCGUCGAGGAGGCGGACGUGAUUCUGCUUGUUGGUACGAACCCGCGGCACGAGGCGGCAGUGCUCAACUCGCGCAUCCGCAAGAGCUGGCUGCACACUGGGCUCGAGGUCGGGCUCAUCGGCGAGCGCGCGGACACGGCGUACGGGUACGACUACCUUGGGGACGGCGCGAAGGCGCUCGCGGACUUUGUGGCUGGCAAGGGCGCGUUUGCGGAGAAGUUCAAGGCGGCGAAGAAGCCGAUGAUUAUUGUGGGGAGUGCGUUGGCGGAGCAGGCGGACGGUGCUGCGGCGUUUAAUGCGCUUGCGAAGUUUGUGGAGAAGAAUAAGGAGACGCUGGUUACGGACGAGUGGAAUGGGUUCUCGGUCUUGCAGCGUAUCGCGUCGCGGCCCGCGGCUUACGAGGUCGGAUUCGUGCCCUCGAAGAAGGCGUCGACAACAAAGCCCAAGUUCGUGUACCUGCUCAACGCGGACGAGGUGGACCCCAAGUCGAUCCCGCGCGACGCGUUCGUCGUGUACCAGGGCCACCACGGCGAUCUCGGCGCGUCGCUUGCGGACGUUGUGCUCCCCGCCGCUGCGUACACGGAGAAGUCGACGACGUGGAUCAACACCGAGGGCCGCUCGCAGCUCGGGCGGGCGGCUGUGCCUCCGCCGGGGGCGUCGAGGGAGGACUGGAAGAUCAUCCGCGCCAUCUCAGAAGCGACCGGCUCGCCGCUCCCAUACGACGACGUGCUCGCGCUGCGCGACCGCAUGUGGGAGCUCUCGCCCUCGCUGGUGCGGUACGACGCGCGCGAGCGCACGUCCUCGCCGAUCGCGCUCGCGGGGCUGCGCGCGCUCGAGGCGCGCACGCGGGGCGCGGCGGUGUCCGGGCGCGCGUUUGUGCGGCCGAUUGCGAAUUUCUAUAUGACGGAUCCGAUUUCGCGCGCGAGUGUGACGAUGGCGCAGUGCACGCGGGCGUUUGUGAAGGGGGAGGAGUAUGGGUUUAGCGGGAGCCGGGAGCAGCCUGAGGCGGCGUUUGCGUAGGCGCGUGUGGGUGCGUGGGCGUGGAUGUCGAUGAGGGUGGACCCUGUUCUAGACUCUAGAGUGUGGGUGGUGGGAGGGGCGUACAGAUACAGUAGCGACGGAGACUUGAAUAACGCGGGGUAGUGUCUUUGUUCAAAGGUUGGACUGGAUAGAGCAGGCCUUGGGACUGAAAUUAUACACUUUC